CAGCAUACCGAUUACGGAAGUGCUCUGGUCACGUGUCAAUGUUUUACAGCAUGGUGCAGGAAAAUGGCUCUCAGUAACGUCCUGAAGUCUUUAAAUGGAGCUAAUCUCCAUCUGUUCAGUUCACACGCCCGACUUUGUGCUUGUGCUUUAGUGAACAGUUCCGUCCAGAUUCGCGGAUAUGCCAAAAAAGCAGCUGCUAAAGGAAAAGGAAAAGGCAUGGUGAAGGAUGUGCUGAAGGGCCCAGAGGUGUGUAAGGACCCGGUGAAGCUGACCUCCUACGCUGUGGGAGUAAACAUCUACAAACAAGGAGAAGAUCCACCACUGAAACCCAAAGAGGAAUAUCCAGCAUGGUUGUUCGAGUUGAAUCUUGGUCCCCCGAAAAAACUCAACGAGCUGGAUCCAGAGAGUCACGAAUACUGGAAGCGCUUGAGGAAGGAGCACAUCUGGCAUUUCAAUAAACUGCAUAAAGGAAAGAAAAUCUGAGAAAAUCUGACACACUUAUUUAGCUUUGAGGAACUUUGAUACAGUCUCAUUGUGGCGAGAAAGUGGAGGUGUCGGACUGAUGCAGUUCAGACCAUGAUCAACUUUCCAUACAUCUGAUCAUCUUCUGUGGGACUCGCUUGUGUCCGUCAACUCUUAUGCCAAGUACUGUGUUUAUUUAUCAUGUUGCCUCAGGAGAGAUGAUUACAGAGUGUACAGGAAAUGUAGUUGCAACUCACAUCAACAUUGUCCAAAACUGAAGAGUAUAUCUUUAUUCAACAUCAUGUUUUUGUAUGUAAAUAAAAUGAACACUGUUCUUCUGAA